UUUAUUUUUGAGGUUAGAAUCGUUAAAUGUCAAUCGUGUCAAUAUAGUCGCAACAACGUCAACAAGCAACAAUGUAAACUAUUCGUUUCGGUUUUGACAUUUCACGGCAAUUUUCAGUGUUUUUAAUUUUAUUUCCUAAUUAUAAUAAAUGAAUAAAUAGUCAUUAAAUAUUUUUGAUAUUUUUUUCAAGUAUUGUGUAUUUUUAAAGUCAAGUGCGUGUUAUAAAUGCUUGUUAAAAAACAUCCCCAAUUUUUACGACAUGUUUUCACUUUGACGAUUUCAGAAAAUACUGUUAGUAAUUUAACGAACAAUGGUUACAAUCAUCUUGACGAUGUGACAAAAAAUCCAGAGUCAUAUAAGCAUCUGACGGAAAGAGAACUUGAACAUCUAAUGAGCACUCCUAAAAUUGUGGAUUCAACGGAUUUAUAUUAUAAAGAACCCAAAAUAGAAAAAAUACGAAUUCCUUCGAGAACACUUAAUCAAAUUUUGGAUGGUGGAUUUCAUUGUGGAACAAUGACAGAAUUAUGUGGAGGAAUGGGAUCUGGAAAAACACAAAUUUGUUUUCAAGCAAGUAUUGCCGUUCAAUUGGACAAAAGGUACGGUGGAUUAAAAGGAAAAGUUAUUUACAUCGACACGAGAGAUGGAUUUUCUCCCCUUCGAGUUACAGAUCUAAUUCAGGGGUAUAGGAAUCGACAUAGAAAUCUACUUUUAAAUGAAGAAAAUUUGUUGAAAAAUAUUGCUGUUUACUCUCCAAAAACGGUAUCGGAAUUGUAUGAUAUUAUCGAUGGUCUAAAAAAAAGUUGCGGAAAUCAUCCAGAGAUUCGUCUCUUGAUUGUCGAUAGUUUAUCUCAUUUAAUACAAUUUUCCAAUGAUUCCUGGCAUAGAACGAGAACCUAUUUUUACACAUUAAAAUUACUAAGAGAUUUAACUCAUUCAAAUAUCGCAGUAAUUGUUACAAGUGAAAUGAAAACUCAAAUUCAGCAUGAAGAAAGAAAUUUUCAACUUGUCAGUUCAGGCGGUGAUGUCACAGCCAAUCAAAUGAAUCGACGACUGUUGCUUGCUCGCAGAAAUCAAAAUGAAUUUGCAGCGAAAAUUGUGAAAGCCCAAUCCAGACAAAUGGCAGUAUUACCAUUUAAGAUCACAUCAGAUGGAAUUGAAGAUUCACCUAUUUAGCAUUCUUAGUAAAUUAAAAAUAAUUUUUAAAAUAGAUAUUUAAAAUAUUUUUUAAUAUGUGGGUAGAAAAAGAGGUAUUAAUAAACAAUUUGGAAAAUUGU